UACUUUUAGCUUCCCUCAUCCUGCAAGGCCAUUCAACCAUGUGCCAGCUGGAGUGAUCUAUAUUCACAAUGUCUUUACAAAGGCUCAUGCAGCAGAGCAGCAACUGCAACUUGGUGGACUGCUGUGCUGGUUCAGCAUGCAGCUCUUACUCCACACUCACAGGCAACUUUUCCAUGGAUGAUAAUAGAAGAAUUCAAAUGCUGGCUGACACUGUGGCCACUUUGCCUCGGGGACGAAAGCAGCUUGCUUUGAUGAGAUCAAGUUCCUUAGGUGACUUUUCCUGGUCUCAAAGAAAGCUUGUUACUGUGGAAAAGCAGGAUAAUGGAACAUUUGGAUUUGAAAUUCAGACUUACAGGCUCCAGAACCAGAACAGCUGCUCCUCAGAGCUGUGCACUCUGAUCUGCAAAAUCCAGGAGGACAGCCCAGCACACUGUGCUGGACUGCAAGCCGGUGAUGUCCUUGCAAAUAUCAAUGGUGUGGGCACAGAAGGCUUUACCCACAAGCAAGUUGUUGACCUGAUCAGAUCGUCAGGAAACCUCCUAACGAUAGAGACUCUUAAUGGAACAGCAAUUCUCAAAAAAGCAGAGCUUGAAGCCAAGCUGCAAGUCUUAAAGCAAACCUUGAAGAAGAAAUGGGUGGAGUUCAGAACUCUGCAGUUACAGGAACAGCGCCUGCUUCAUGGUGAUGCAGCUAACUGCCCAAGUUUGGAAAACAUGGACAUAGAUGAAUCCAUUUUGUUCGGGACCCUGUCCGGAUCAGGCUCAGCCUUCCCAGACCGGAACCGAUUAUCCAGCGAGAGCAGCUGUAAAAGCUGGCUGAGCUCCAUGACAGUGGACAGCGAGGACGGCUACCAGACAUGCGUGUCUGAGGACUCGGGCAAGGGGCCCUUCAGCCGCCAGACCAGCACAGACGACGAGUGCUUUGUCCUCAAGGACGGGGACGAUUUUCUGAAGAGGUCGUCUUCGAGGAGGAACCGGAGCAUCAGUACGGCCAGCAGCGGGUCCAUGUCUCCCAUGUGGGAGGGCAACUUCUCCAGCAUGUUUGGGACCCUGCCCCGGAAAAGCAGAAGGAGCAGUGUCCGUAAACAUCUGCUGAAAUUUAUCCCUGGCCUUCACCGCCCCGUGGAAGAGGAAGAGAGUCGCUUCUGAUGGGCCGCCAUGCCCUUUCCUGCGAGCUUGACUUCUGGACUCGUUCAGAUCAACUCCACCCAGUUCAGUGGGAAAGUGCAAAUGAAUUGCAAAACUGACAUCCCAUUUCACGGCAAGAGUGACCUUUAUUUAAAGUUUUUCUAUAGUUAUUUUUGCUUCUUAAUUUUUUAGGGGGAACAGCUCAAGUUCUAAGCAGACAGUAAGGAAAUAAGGUUAUAAUUUAGAUAAUACAACAAACUAACACAAGUGCUUGCUCAUCCUAAUGCUGCCUGCGAAGGCAAGAGUACUAUUUAUUUUAUAGAUUACCCGUGUGAAAAAUUGAGAGCUUUUGAGACAAGUGUCAAUAAGAGAGUGAUAUAAUUAUUUGGAAUAUCUUCUGUAGGUUAAUAGGUACAUAUCAAAGCUUUAUGUUC